UCAUUAACAACAUGGCGGCCAAACAACAUCGUCUUACCAUGUUUCGCUCCAAAGAACUUGCAUUUAUUAGCUGAGGGCCUCGAAAUUCUAGGCCAUUUCAACACAUAAGGUAUACGUAAACACGUAAUUCUAUCUAACAAAGUGAUUCUAGCCUUCGGAUGGAUUUUAGGCCAGGUUCACAAGAAGAAGCAAGACCGUGUUGUUCUAACGUGUAACAGAACGCAGCAUCAUUAGUUAUCGAAACAAGCAUGAGUGGAUUUGUUCCUGUUGACUUAGACCAAGUUCUCAAUGAAUUUGAAGAGCAGGAAAUGAAGAAUGGAGCAGGAAUUGACACCCCAAAUAAUCCCCACCCACAUGGUAACAUUCAUAAUGCCUCAUCAAUGCCUCCAUCAACAUCAUCAUUGUCAUCAUGUUUACAUGUAGUAGGACAUGACUCUUCACGUACAUACUCAUUUAACCAGCCCUUGGAUUCUAUGUUGGAGUGUCCGACUACUGAUGAUGCAGGGCAAGGUGUGAGUCUAGCUCAAGAGUUCGCUGAGUUAGAAUUCAGGCCAAACAAUGAAGACGAUGAUGAAAGUAUAGCAGAAAGUGAUGGCAGUAGUGUUUUGGCUGUAAUUGCUGCAGCUGAAGCCAUAACAGAGGAUGUGCCUAAUGUGGAAUUUACAAAUGAGAAGACAGAUGAUUUACUAGAGUACUUUGAUAAUCUGGAUGUUGAUGACAGAGGACAUGACGACAGUCAUGAAAUAGAAUCAAAUGGGACCACAAAAUGCAAAGAACUAGAACCUGACAAGUGUUCUGAUGUCAUGUCUUGUGGAAUAUCAUGUGACAAGAGAAGUGUACUAUCGAGUAGUGCCAGGAAAAGUGGAGCUUCCUCAGAUCUAGUCCCUGACCAUUGCAACUCUGUUCAAGGAGAAAUAUCUUUUUCAAACACCACUCAUGAUUCAGACACAAAUUCGGAAAACUUUAAUCAAAAUGAACCUUUUAAAGAUGCAAAUAUAUCUUCUGCUACUGGAGAACAAGAAAGAAGUUUACAAUCAAGUUGUUCAAGUGACGGUGCUAAUAAUGAAGAAAAUCACAUUGUAAGUGAUUCAAAAAUGGAAAUUUCCAGUGAGACUGGUGUUUGUAGUAGUUCCCUUUCUGAAGAUGAUAGCAAUUUACAAACUCCAGAAGAAGGCAAUGAAAAUAAUGGGGUUUGUGCAAAUAAUUCUUCCCUAAGUUUGGAACAAAUUAGUAAUUCUACAUACAGGACUGAAGUAUUAGAGGAGUUUCCUAGCCUGCAAAAUUAUAUUGAACCUCAAGAGUCAGCUUGUCAGGAUUACAAUUUUGAAAGUAGCCCAUAUAAUGAACAUGCCGGGGAUAGUAUUCAAACAAGUGAAGAAAUAGAUGUACCAUCAGACCAAAACGACUUACAUGAAAUUUCAGAGGGUAUUCCAGAUGUAGCCAGAGAUAUUACAACUGAUUACCAACAAGACCAAUCUUGUCAUGUGGAACAAGAACAAUCUGACCAGGAAGUAAAAUAUUUCUUAUCAAAUGGCGGUGAAUCUGUGGAGGAUGAUUCUCAAAUGGCAUCUGGACUUGACAGUCCAGAGUUUAUACCACAUUAUUAUUAUGGACAACCUGAAGGUAAUGGGCAUAGCAGUUCUCCUGACAGUCUUUGUCAGUCUCCAAGGGUUGCCGAACAAACUGCUGUUGAGGUACAGGAUACUCCAGCCACCUCACACGACUCUGUUGUAUCACCAGCUCCAAGUCCGCUACCACAGUUGGAGCAGACACCUGUGUUUAUCAGCAGUGGAGACCCAGAGAUGGGCUAUGUCCCCCCUAUCUGGGUACCCGAUGAAGUGGCCUUGUUCUGCAUGAAUUGUGGCCUGAAGUUUUCUCUUAUCAGGAGGAAACACCAUUGCCGUGCCUGUGGAAAGGUGCUCUGUUCCUCUUGCUGCAACAUGAAGUUUGUCUUGCCAUACCUUGGAAACAAAGAGGCAAGGGUCUGUCAAGUUUGCUGUGAUGUUCUUUUAAGAGAAAACCGACAGAUCCCAAAUCUACAAGGAAGUAACAGCCACCAAGAGCCAUCUUAUGCCUCUACCUGGGAGACAACACCAUACAUGGAUGAUGGUGGAGAACCCAUGGCUCCAGGUGUUACCCCCCCAUCCAUGACCCCUCAAGAUGUGGAAAGUUUGGCAGAUACUGAAGUGGAAGGUGCUGAGAAUGGCGCACCAGAGACCUCAGGGCAGCCAUCAACAUCUGCUGUUGAGGAAGAAGGGGACAGUUUUGAAGAUCCUGUUGCACAGGCAUCAGGCAUGUCACCACCUUUGUCGCCACUCCUGUUGCCACCCUCGCCACACCCUAUCACCCUGGAGGGUGCAGACUCCUCAUCUUCCAUAACCUCACCCAUAUCCCCUGCCCCAUCUGAUGACAGUGAUUUCGCCUUCAGGCUUGAUGUUGAGCAGGUCCGUGCCAUGAUUCCCAAGGAUCCUGGUGCCCUGCCGCCUGUGCUGAACAUCAGACAGAAAGUGAUUUCUAUCCAGGAGCGGCCAGACCCUGCAGAGCUUAUGUACCGCCUAAAAGGCCUGGGCGAAAGUGUUAUUUUCUUGCUGAACAAGAAUCUUGUUGUGAAAGUCAAGAUCGUAAAGCUGCGUUGCUGCGUCAAGAAAAAGUGCUGGUGCUUUGUGACAGAUGGAAUGGGCGCUGCCAGUCAAGAGGAAAUGGUUGUCUUACUUGAAUGCGAAAAGAAUGAGAAUACCAUCCCUAAAGACGUGCUGUCACACUUUAACACUGCCUUUGCGUAUGCCAAACAAGGUUACGUGGUAUCAGACUUGGGUUUCACCAUAUUUGGACAGCCAUUUCUUGGAAGCUCUAACAAUGCAGGAUUCCUGUACAUCAAGCCGACUUUCCAAUGUCUGGAGAAUCUACCGUUACCUACUGUCCCGUAUGUUGUUGGUGUGCUGAUCCAGAGGCUUGAGGCACCGUGGGCUCAGCUUUUUCCUUUGAGACUGAUGCUAAGACUUGGAACCGAGUUCCGCUACUAUCCUUGUCCGCUGUGGAGUGUACGUGGUCGGCCAUCUGUGUACGGGGAGAUCGGACAUACUAUAAUGAAUCUGCUGACGGACUUCAAGAAUUUCCAGUACAGCAUUCCUCGUGUGACAGGGCUGGUUAUCCACAUGGAAGAAACUACAACAACCGUACAGUUACCGCAAGACAGAUAUGACGAGAUUGUGAAAGCUCUAAAUGCAGCUGAAGAGCACAUGUUUGCGCUGGGCGCAAACUUCAGCAAAGAAGCAGACUCCCAUCUAGUGUGCAUACAAGACGGAGAGAUGUACAAAACCCAGGCAAUCAACAUCCAGAACAAGGCCAGGAAAGUUACUGGAGCUAGCUUCAUCGUGCUAACUGGCUCCCUAAAAACAAGUACGCCCAACACAGCAAAAGUCAGCAUAGUGGAAGAUGGAUUGAUGGUCCAGAUGGUCCCUGAAAGUAUACUAGCGCUGCGCAAGGCCUUGCGUGAAAUGCAUGACUUCACCAUCAAGACCAGCCCCUCAACGAGCAACACGGUACAGAGUGUCAACAUGGUCUGGGUGUUGCGCGAUGUCAGCUCGGAAAGCCAUGUCAGCCCAAUUGACGGUACCGUGUUGACGGAAGUCCCAUCAAUACGGGUUCACAGCAGCUGUGACUUCACUCGCCGCGAGGUCUACCGCAUUCGCUGGAGUCACGUGUUUUUAAAGCGGGGUAUCGACAAUCCCUCUCGUGGGGUGUCCUCCCGGGGGCUCAGUCGACUUACGGGAGAUUUAGCGCGUGCGUGUUGCGAAGCCCUGAGGGCGCACCUUCCGGGGCUGUACGAGGGGGGUCGGACGUGCUUGGCGUUGAGGGUCACCAUGGAUACCGAGACGGCCGAGUAUGCCAUAGGCGCCAAGCAAGAGCCGCUUCCUGCAGAGAUCAUGGUAGAUCUAGACAAUGCUUUAGUGCCAGCUAUGAACUCCGCUGCUCUCAAGUAUGGCGGUGGCCCGCUAACACUGGAAUUGUUUUUUAAUAUCAUCGUUCUUUUCUAGAAAGAAGAAUUUCGUAUUAUUUCAAGUAGGGGAGGGACCUGGGACAAAGCUGAAUUUCACAUAUUGGUGGAGAACCUGGUAAUUCGAGUACUGUAUUUUUAGGGGGAGUAUGGGCUUAUUGGAAUUAAAGCAAGUUAUCAAGCUACUAAUACGACUGACAUACGUUUCCAUACGAGAUACAAACAUUUUGAGAAUAAUACUAUUAUUCAAUAUAUUUGAAAUGAAUUUUACGACACUGAAAACCAAUUUAUGUUCAGAAUUUUGAGCAGUAUUUCAUAUUUUAUGCUAACCAUAACUACCAUAUUUACCCAUUAAUUUUUUAUUGUAUCAUAAGAAUGUCACAAAUACAUCAAAUAAAAUAUGGUAUAAAACA